AUGAUUUCCAGUACAGCCGAAGUCACAGAUUAUUGGCGCUACCCGUGGGUAUUCGUGAGUGGACUGAUUACCCGGGCUCUUUUUCCUGACAGGGCGACGGACACUCUGGACAUACCGAAAGAUGAUGACCUUGAUGCCUCUCUUUUGAGCGAAAAAAGCAUGAAACCCGGUGCAGAGAGUGGAGAAAGUGAUGGACGUCCGAUGAAGCAUCCGGACACGAGCCAGCCGACAUCGAUUUUGCAUGAGUUCGACCGGUGUGAGCGCGCUGGAGCGCGUUUCCAGGCAAUGCAGUCUGGGGAGAAGCUCUCGGACGCUGAAGUCCGGUAA